AUGCUGUGCUUGAACCUUCUCAUUGACAGGCUCACCGUUUUGUUGACCACGAGCACAGCGAGAGGUCAUGGCCAAGGUUCAACACAGUUCCCCGGGGCAACCCCUUAUCAGGAUUCAGGAGCCGAACGAGCUCCCAUGUGUGCUUUGAGUGGCUGCUUCGACUCCGAACAUAAAAUGGCCUCCGGCUUUGCGAAUUGUUUCCAUGCGCACGGUGUAACGGCUUAUUCGCUUUGUCCGGGAUGCAGAACCCAGGAGUGUCGUCGAGGCAUGAGUCCAGCGCUUGCCAAACAUCGCUCGGUGGCGCCCAUGAGAAGUUAUUGCCCACGCCUCCGGACGCAGUCCGCGUCUGCCCACCACAAUGUCGUGAAAGAAAAAAAAACUCUGUGGGGGAGCCAGAGUAGGCGACGGAAAUACAGUUUAACAUGGGUCUUCGCGGGGAGGGGCGACAGGGGAGGGGGUUCCUCGCCAUCGAUUGCGAGCCUUGUGCCGCAAGUCGCAGGAAGGACGGGGAGACGGCGAGCUGGCGAGGCGAGCUGGGCUGCCAAGUGA